AUGCACCGCCUAAUAGAUAUUGCACUGUGUCUAGCAAAGAAUGGGAAAUCAUUACGUGGCCAUAAUGAAAAUACAAAUAGUGUUUCAAAGGGACUAUUUUUAGAAAUGGUUGAUUUGUUAAAAAAAUAUGAUUCAUUGUUGAGUGAACAUUUAGAAAAUGGACCUAAAAAUGCAAGUUAUAUCAGUAAUCGUAUACAAAAUGAUAUUCUUCUAUCUAUACAAAAUGUUAUGAAACGAAACAUUUCAAGUAGAGUAAAGAAUACAAUGGUUUCUAUUAUAGCUGAUGAGACCAGUGAUUGUAGCCAUUACGAACAACUAUCUGUAUGUGUACGCUAUUUUAAUAAAAAAGAAAACCGUCCAGUAGAACACUUUGUUGGUGUCAAAAGAUUAUUGUCAGUUAAUGCACAGUCAGUAUAUGACUCACUAACUGAAGCAAUUAAUGAAAUUGGGAUUGAUUGGAAAAAUGUUAUUGCUGUAUGUUUUGAUGGGGCUGCUACGAUGGCUGGUAGUUGUAAUGGAUCUUGUUUUGUUGAAGCUAGUCCAGUGCGUCAUGCUAUUUUAGAACGCGUUUCAAAAGAUAUUAACUUGAAACUUAGAAGUCUUAAAACACUAUCUAUUAUUAGAUGGGCUUGUAGAUCGGAAGCCAUCGAAGCAGUAAAAAACAACUAUUCAGCAUUACUACUUUGUUUAGAGGAAAUUUCCGAUAAAACAAAUUUAUCUGAAGUUAGAGCCAAAGCUAAAGGUCUCAUUUUUCAAAUGAAAACUUUUGAUUUUAUUUUUUCUAUGCAUAUAUUAAGUCCAGUUUUAAUUAUGAUCCAAAAAGUGAGUGCCAGUUUACAAUCACCAAACUUAGAUUUGUUAUCUGCAGUAUCUCUAGUGAAGUCUCUUAGAGAACACCUCAGUAAAUUGAGAUCUGAUGAUAAUAACUUUAUUGUUAUUUACAAUGAAGUUUUAAGUGUUUGUCAAAAAAAUCUUAUCUCUAUACCUGAAGUUAAAAAGAGAAAAUUUACCAGAAAAAUUGAUGACAAUUCUACACUCUAUACUGUUGAUAGUAAAAUUGAAGAAAUGAGAUAUUUUACUUCUUAUCCAAUGUUAGAUGAAAUGAUUCAAGGAAUUGAUGAACGUUUUUCACAAGAAACAUUGAAUUUAAUUGCAUCUAUGGGGAAAAUGUUAAAACUUCAAACGGAUGAUGCAGACAUUAAGAUAUUGUCAGAAGCAUUUAAUUUAAAAAAUAUUCAUACAGAAAUUAAACUACUUAUAAAUAUACCAGAAAUAGAAUCUAUAUGCGGUUCAUCUAACAUUAACAUUUCAAAAUGGUUAGAUUGGUUAGUAGAUAGUGGACGUUCAGAAAUUUUUUCAGAUUUUUAUAAAUCCAUAAAAUUAUUUGUUACCAUUCCUGUUACAAGUUGCUCUUGUGAAAGGGCAUUUUCAAAAUUGACUAUUGUUAAAUCAAAGUUAAGGUCAGUGAUGACCCAAAAGCGCCUGGAUGCAUUAAUGUUGAUAUUCAUAGAACAACACAUUUCUACUGAAAUUGACAUAGAUGAUGUGAUUGAAGAAUUUAAAGUCCUUAUACCAGGGAAGAGAAGGCUUGAAUUAUAA